AUGGUGAAAAACGUUUCCGUCACCUCGCAUGCCGGUUAGUUUUUUUAUCGCACUUGAUUGUUUUAGUUCCAAAACAAUACCUGAAAGAGCGUAUGAAACGACAUUUUCUUGAAGUUGGUGGUUUCAAGUGUAUACAAAAUGCGGUUAAUUCAUUCGUGCCCUCUUUUAUAAGUAAGUUGCUCCUCUCACGAAUCUGUAGUCUGUCAAGAUGACAAACAAGUCCGAUUAUUUUUCCAUGACUGGUCCUCUGGAAAACUAAUGAUUUCUGAGGCUGCAAAACGCCUCGCUGCAUCUAAGGAGCCGAUUUCUAUGAAAACCCUUCAUAGAGCAGUUUAUGGUAGUCUUACUGUCUACUUACUCCUUCUUAAGACGUCUCAAGCGUUGAUGCUGUCCCAUUAACCAUAAUUUUUGGGAUUCCCCAUGUUUUCGGUGGACUCUUACCAUGGCAAUCAACAUCAACUGAAAUACUGUAAGUUUGCUUUAAGAUAGCGACUUUUCAUAUUCUUUUCGAAACUGCUGGUCGUUCCAGUCGCCGUAAUUACAACAUACAUUUCCAGCCUUGGUAUUUUAAAGACUAGGUUUGCCUCGUAGUUCACCGGACCAUUUGCUAUUUCUCUAAUAUCCAACAUAUAAAUUUUUGCCGAAUACGAGUUGAUUCACUAACACGGCAUUAAAACAUAUUGUUUAUAUUUAUUUCUAUAGUUCAAGGUGACGAAGGCAGGAUCUGAUCUGUCCACAAGUUUAGACUUUGUAAAUGUUUUUGAUAGUGCACGUGGUUCGGCUGACAGCCAUAAAGACAUCGGCGCGUACACCUCUACUUAGCGCUAAGCUUCCAUUCUCAUCCAGGCAAAUGAUCCCCAGGUUAGCUCUUCAGCGUCUGCGGCCGCGGACAGGAUUAUGGCCUACCAGUUUUGACUGAUAAACGGUUACUGGCCAUUUCCGUUCCGCCCGCUUACUCAUUGUAAUCCUGUUUUCCAGUUCCCAUAUCUUCUAGCUGACCUUAUAGGUCAUAUUUAACAUAAAGCCAUAAGCACUUCUGAGACAAAAGACAGAUUUUGGCGAGUUUGAAUAAGGUGACCGAUUCAUUUAUGAGAGAGUCGGCGGUCUCAGUGGUAUCCGGACCCGCGGAAUAAAGCACAACCGUUUAGUACAAUCACCGCGCCACCCAUCUGAACUUCAAACUCUUGACUGAGUUUUGGGUUUUCGCAGUCGAAUCAUUCAAGUUAUUCAAAUUUGACCAAAACCUAUGCCAAGGAAUGAGUCUUGUAGUAAUCCAGUGGAUUAUAGAUGGAUUAGUUAGGAUAAUUCACUAUGGCAGUUGACCUGCUGCAUUAAAAUUUGUGGAUUCCAUGCGUUUGCGGUCGGGCAUGUAUCUUAACCCAACUUCUAAUUAUUAUUUUUAAUUCCUCCGAAUAAUGGAUUCGAGCGGGUAGCUGGUAUCUUUUCCCAAAGGAGCCUUCUGAUCUGAGAUGUCAACAAGUGCACAGUUACUGAAACUCGCCUUUACUAGGGCAACAAUAAAGAAGUCAAAUUCUUCAUAAUUUACGAGCAUACUAUAUGGCAGUGCUUAAGUCAGGGAUCAAUAUAUAUAGUAAGCAUGAGUGCAGACCGGUCUUACUGAUAUCGCAGAGAAAGCUAGUCGUGUCUUCUAGUGGUAGAUGUCGCGAACUAUAGUGAUCUUUUUAAUCUCAGAAAUUACUGCGCUAACUUUGAGUAAAUCCUUCAGAAUGAAGCUUCAUAGGCUCAGUCGGAAAGUCGGUCUGGAUAUUUGAGCCGAAAUCUAUCAGGUCAAAGGGAGACAAGCGCGUAAACUGCCAACAGGCACCAGUAGUAUGCAAAUUUUGCAUUAUUUACCAUACUGACGGUAUUAGCCAAAGCCGGCGAACCUGUUUCGCCGAUUUUUUGCUAGUAUCUGUGGUCUAGUAUGAUAAAUCGUGCAACAUUUGUGUACAACUGACCCUCCGUAGACAGUUUAUGAAUAUUACGCAGUUAUCUGACCUAAGCUGAUAAAUUUCGGCCCAAAUAUUCAUAUCGACUUUCGGGUUGAGGCGAUUAAGCUUCAUUCGGAAGAAUUUACUCCAAGCUAGGGCAUUAAUUUCAGAGGAGACUAAAAUCCCCAAAUCCCAAACUUAAGUGUCUACCAGAAUGCGCACGAGGAGCUCUGGAGGACUCACUGACCAGCCAAAUCACUCUCACCUGUGUCAUGCGGUGGCAGAAUAUUGGCGAAACACGUGUCUUGGCUUCCGGGUUGUAUCCAUGCUGUCACUAUGGUAACUUAUUCAGCAUAUAACAACCUAUUCGGUUAUAAAUAGGCUAAUGCCAAAGUACUGGAGUUUUGACUGUCAACGCAAUGGACAAUGAAACAGCAGCACCUCCGGUUAUAUCCAUGCCUUCAUUAGCCCGAAAGGUGAGGAUCGGCUGAAGGCCCCCAAGCGUCUGUGUCAUACAAAGAAUACCUACCACACUUAUUUAAAUGGGUUUUAGUCCGAUACGAUUAUUUCGAUUUGGUGUUUCAUCGUACAAGGUUGGGUCGUCUGUUGUAGACGGUCUGGUACGUUAUCUACAAUGACCUCAGCUCAGAGAGCCGAGAAGCGAUCGUUGUAGACAGUCUGGUGGAUUUUAUACAAUGACCUCAGCUCAGAGAGUUGAGACACUUAAUGUUUAUUUUUCUAAUUGUCCUGCUUAAUUUCGGUUACUGUAUGUCAAUGCACUAAAACAUUUCCGCCCGGAGAACGAAUUUACCAAUUAUGUAUACUUAUUUUGCCAUUCCUCUAUGUAUGCAUAGGCCCCGCCCGUAAAACCCCUAUUAGCACUUUUUCCCGUAAGACAGGCACCUUUGGCAGGUCGUGUGUUUGAGGUCCUUCACCCAAUCGUUGCCGCCCGAAAUAACGCAGACCAACACUUGCGACCACUUAUAAAUCUGGUGAACACAGCGCUUUUUUGCACGACGAGAAGAGUCACUUCCUAGGUACUGCAUCCGGCGUCCUUCUGGGAUAAGAUCUCACAGAAACUCUAUUCAGUUAGGUGAUAAGCAGGAUCAUUCGACGCACCCCAGCAGACCACCCCAGCGUAAGAGUAAGUCGUAAUCCGUUCAUCACGAAUACGCUCUACCCUGAUGACAUUGUAGUGCCUGCAAGAUUCGUUGAAGAAGCAACUUAUUCGAUCCCACAUAGGCUCGAAUACAGCCACACGUGGCUAGGUAACCUCCUCCAAUACCAAGGCUAUCACAAUCUGGGUUUCGCAGUCAAAAUAUUUGCUCGGUGACGGUGGACGGUUAAAUCCGCAGGUUAGUGCAAAGAUUCCGUUAUCUUGGGUCGGAACUGUCAAAUAGGCAAGGCAGGGGUAAAGUCGGCUAUCGAAUCAACCACACGUGCGACUUUUUGGCCCAACUCUGUUGAAACAUGUGAAACCAGUGUGAGACCAGUCAGGUGGCCGAAAUGCGAGUGCACGGCAUUCGUCAAGACGAUAUUUCUAUACGAAUGUGAGACAUAGCCGGUGGGCCCAUGGGUGAUUAUUGCCUUCUGUCCUCGGUAUUCGUCCCUCCGAUCGCCUCCUCAGCGAAUGUUUGCAUAAUCGGUUAGAAACAACCAGUCAACUUCACCCUCACUAGUUGGCUAAAAUGGUUAGAUGGUGCGUUGCAUCGACCCGAGGGCGAGGUCCUCUGAGAUGACAUCCUCUUAUCCCGGCCCUGGUUGGAAACAUGGGUGGCCGUGAAGGCUGAUUCCUAGCCCAUUUCUGGUCCCGCGGUGCCACCUACCAACUAAUUCAACUUUGUUACGGAGUCUGCCACCGACCAACCGUAAUUGAAGACGAUCAUUCACGUCGUGAACCUGCAACCUGGGGGCGACUGUGUCAAUUAUAAUAAAUGCCCUUAGAAGUACGAGUAAUUUUCUUGAUUAACUAAGUACUGUGUUGUGGGCUUCAUCGGCCUCAGUUUUAGCGGGUUGAGCAUUGUCGCAAUUGUUUCUGGAAGGCCAGUUUCAUCUAGGGGUUGGGAGUAGGCCUGUACUACCCAUUUCGGAUCUGAGAUGCGGUCAAAGUGGAUGCUUUUUGCACAUCUGAUGAUGGUCUGUGACUGCACACCCGCCAGACGCAGAGGCCCGUUCAUGUGGUAGUCAUUAAUUAGGUCCUGAUUUUCCGAAGAUUAAAGAGCUGGACUCUUAAUGACUGUUGAUGGAUAGUUCAAAAUAGCGAAAACAUCACAACAUACAUUUCUUUUACCCUAUCUGUAAUAAAUUAUCUCGCUCUACUGAGAACAGCUGUCUUCUCCAGACUAAGUCGGAUAAUCUGGAUCGGACUGCUCUUCAUCCUGCCAUUUCCUUUCUUGAUGCCGAAUACCUGUUGGCCAAUUUUGACCUCAUAAUAAGUUACAAUGUCUCCAAGUUAGGUGGCAGGGCUGGCUGAUUUUCUACCUAACAGGGGUGGUAAUGGCAUCUGCCCAAAUGGCCUGUUUCGUCGAACCCGCACAACGCUAGCGUGAUUUUCCAUACUUUGCACGUGCGUCACCGGUCGAUAAUUGUUUAUUUUUCCACCCAGGGCCAGUCUGAGUAAGUGACUCAGCAGGCGCAUAGAACGCCUUAUCGUUGCAUGAAAAGGAUGAAAUAUUUCCUACCGACGGCGUAUUCGGCUACCUGCGUGAAAUUUAGUGGCGAACCCCUUGUCUACAUUGCCGUUCUAACCGAUUUACUUGAUGCAUUGCAAAGCCAAUGUGACACCAUCCAUCACUUACAUGGACAACGGAUACUGAAGUCCGCGAUGGGACUUAACGUUUGAGUUUUUCUGGCGUGGAGACAAUGAAGCGUGUGAGACCCGAUGUCUCUGCGAUCGGCUUGUGCGGAACGGCUAUCCGAAGGCGUUCAUAAGCCGAUGCUUACCUAUUCGCCCCCCGGAAGACCCACCAAGAGGCAGCGUCUACGGUUGGCAUGCUCUGCCAUACAUCAAAGACAUGUCAGAGACGAUCAAGCCCAUUGCUGUGGGACUAGGCGUCGGAAUUGAACACAGGCUCGAAACUACCGUGCGCAGAGGGGUCAUGAGGAUCAAGGACCGAUUAAAUCCCAGUGGGCCGUCGGAUGUAGUGUAUCGCAUCCCGUGCCCAAACUGUCCAUUUAAUUACACAGGCCGGACUGAACGCAUACUCAAAUCUCAUACACAAAAGUACGCUCUGUGCGACGGCGUGGCAGAUUAUCACAAAUGGCCGCUCCCACCUACGUAAUGGGUCACGCAUAUAAUUCCGCAGUCAUAAAGAUAGUCGCUCCCACCAGAAACGAGAAAAGCUACGAAUUGUUUGAAGUAAUGGCCUUAGUCGAUCGAUGUAUCGACCUGCCGCCGGCCUAUAGAGCCCUGCGCAGUCACCUUCAAACUGGUGUUUGAUCGGCUCAUACCCCAUAUAACCGUUGCUUGUUCUGUUGCGCUUUUAUUUCUGACGACGGACUUUUGUACCAGUUCGAAGGCUCAGGCAAAUAAAAAGACGGUUCCGGCUGUCGAACAGCUUUCUUCCCUACAAUGGAGAUGGUGUAACAGGAUUGAACUUACACGCUGGCGCUGUUAACUGGUCAUAAUAAAAUACGAAAUCCGGUCCCACAAGGGCUGUUCUCAAGUUCUCAUUUUCAAUGAUUACCUAUUAUAACUCAAACCCCAAAUGGGCCUCCUUGGUUCGCUGUUUCUGUGCCAAUUCUGACGAUUCAAAAAGAAUCCUUUCACUUUUUUUUCAGAACUUGGCCAAGUCAUUCAAGCCUGACAGAAUCAGAUUUCGGAAGUUUGCUAACUCGCUUCUUCAGGAUCACGCAACGAUGGGGGAGGUGA